AUGGCUGGAGUGGCUACGGCGGUGGCAGGGCUGCUAGUCGCAGUGUUUCUUGCCUCUCUGACAGUAUCGAGGCUGCUGCCGGUGAAAGUUGACCCUCCAGCCAGCGAUGAAUUGACACACCAUCUUCCACAAGACCCUCCCAGCCUGGAAGCGAACCGCUCUCUCGUGCAUCAACCGACAACCCUCGUUGAGGUGCCCAAUGCCACUGCCACAGGUCACAAUGUCUCAGGUCUGGCUCUGCUUCAGUCCCACGAAGGCGCAGAGCCUUCAGCUCAACCUGCCCGUUUUCACCCUAUGCCUCUUUAUCUCCUUCAAACUCUACUGUAUGCACUGUACACAGCGCUGUGUCCGCUCAUAGUGCUGCUCUGGUGGAUGAACGUCACUCAAGCACAACUGAGGGAGUGGUUGCGCCUGCAGGGCUUAGCUGCGAAAGCUAGGCUGUUGAAGCUGAAGAGAGCAGCUGCGUUCUUCAUGGAACUUAAUAACUUCCCACUUCUCCACAAAGCCAUUGAGAUUGGCAGUUUUGGAAAGAAGAUAAUAAAUGAGGCUUUGGUGGUAGCGCUGAGUCAACGGGCGGGAACAGACUCGCUGAAAGCAGCUAUGGAGAGGGCAGAGAAGCGAAUCAGCGCCUUGGAGAGGCACCUGGAGGAUUCAAGGAAGGAUCAGGAGGAGCGUGAGAAAUCAGAAGCUGGGGUGAGAAGAGAAGUGCACGAGGCAACAUAUGAAGCGCAAGCACUGAAAAGGGACCUGGAGGCAAGAGAGGGAGGAGAGGAGGAGAGGGGUGGAAACGGCUGCACUGCUGCACGCAUGGUGGAGAGGGAGAAGGAGUUAGCGGCAGUGCAGGUGCAGCUGGCGGGAGUAAAGCAGGAAUUGCCUCAACUCGUAGAGGCUGUAAGAAGGGAAGGGAGUGAGUUUAGUGAGGGCAGGUUGGCAGCAGCGAGACAGGAUUUGUCUCAACAGAUUACAGCGGAGGUGGAUGAGAUAAGGAUGAUGUUUCAGGAGAGAAUCGCCAAGUUUGCAGCUGAGUUGAAGCGAAGGGAGAGGGAGCUUGCAGCAGUGAAGCAGCAGUUGGGUGAGUUCAGGAAGGCUGCAAAACAAGAGGCGAAUGAACUGAAGGACAUAGGGGGCGCUUUGCAGGAAGGCAGUGAGGACGCUGGUGCGAUGGUGAGGGAAGAAGGCGGAAGGGAGCUCAGCAAGCAAGGCUGUGAGGCCGUGUGGUGGAACGGCACGGCGAAAGGAGGACACUGCGAGGGGGCUGGUCAAGCAAUCUGGCAGGGACUCGAGUCCGCCUCAGGAAAGCCCAGCCUUAAUCUGAGCGGGUUUUGUAGCCUCUCUGCUGCCGUCCUUUCACGUAUCUCGACCGAUCCCAAAUGUUUCGACGAGGAGGUUCGCGAGGGUGUGCUUGUCGCGGGGUCCUACACGGCGGUCAACGACGGUCACGGGGAGCCGUUCAAAGUCAACGCUCAGGUGACUGACCCGUCAGGGCAGCAGCUGCACUGGCAGCACGACGUGGCGGAGGGGCAUUUCGGGUUCACAGCGGACGAGACGGGCGAGUUCUCCGUGUGCUUCUGGCUGCCCCACGAGGGCCACCACGAUGCCAAGCGCGCUCACAAGAUCGACAUCACGUGGACCACUGGCAAAUCGCAGAAGAGGGUUAGUCAUGCAGCCAAGAAGGAGAGGCUCGAUCAUUUCGACCUGGAGCUGCAGAAUCUGGAGGAUGCUAUCGACAAGGUGACCCAGGAGAUGAGCUUCUUCCAUGAGAGGGAGCUGGCGAUGAGGAUGAAGACGGAAGAGACACACGUGUACGUGGCGUGGCUCAGCGUGGCGUCUCUCCUCGUGUGCGGAACCCUCGCCGCGCUACAGCUCUGGCACCUCAAGCGCUUCUUCGAACGCAAGAAGCUGCUAUGA